UAUAAAAUAAAUAAAAUUUUGGAGAGAAAACUUUGGAGAACGCUUAAACAAAAAUAAUAACAAAUGGCAGAUAAUUUAGAAAUAUAUAAAUAUUUACCAAAAUACAAAGAAAUUGAAAACAUAUUGGAAAAUGAGGCUGAAGCAAAUUACAUACUACGCUUGGCAACAGCGAACGUUGAAAAGGCUAACUCAAAGGUAUAUGAAUACAACGAAGAAGUGUACUACUUGGUCAGCAGUUUAGCGGACAAAUGCUGGGAACGCAUACACACUGGACACUUCAGUGCAGUGCCACUUGAGGUGCGCAAGAUUUAUGCCUUAUCCAAUUAUUUCAAAAUAUUUUAUUUGCUUUGCGAAGGUGUUGCUAAACAGCAGUUAAUACGCUGUUCCGAAGUGCUCGAUGAGGCUAUACUGAUUGGUUGUACACAAGAGUUAUAUGAAGGCAGUGAUGAGUUCCAAACACAAUUGACAAGUUAUAUUAACAAAGCGUUAGACAGUGCGCAGUCACAGCUGCCAAUUAUUGAGGAACUCAAGCGUCAACAAGUUAAAAGUGACAUACCAGUGCUGGAUUGCCCUUCAAUAGAGGAUUUUCGCGGAAAAUGCUUCACAAGCGAACAUCCCGCAUUGCUACUCAACACAAUAAAGCAUUGGCCAGCACUACAAAAGUGGCGUGAUCUUAAUUAUAUACACAAACUGGCGGGUAAUCGUACAGUACCCAUUGAGAUUGGCGCCAAUUACACCACCGAGGAAUGGUCGCAGCAGUUAGUGAAAAUACGCGACUUUCUACAACGCCAAUUCACAAGCUACGACAAUGAAAUCGAAUACUUAGCACAACAUGAGUUAUUCGAUCAAAUACCUGCGCUUAAAGCCGAUAUACGCAUACCGGACUAUUGCACUUUACGUGCGAGUGAUUGUGAAAACUCGACACACGUUUCUAUAAAAGCAUGGUUGGGUCCUAAGAAUACAAUAUCGCCGUUACAUUAUGAUCCCGAGCAUAAUUUAUUGUGUCAGGUGUUUGGUAGAAAGCACAUAAUAUUGGCUGCACCAGCGGACACGGCAAAUCUGUAUGCACAUGAUUCGGAAAUGCUUUGUAAUACCUCGCAAUUGGAUGCGGCGCAAUUGGACUUUGAAAGGUUUCCGUUGGCAGCAAAAGCAACAUUUUACAAUGUUACAUUGCAAGCGAGCGAUUGUCUUUAUAUACCACCAAAAUGGUGGCAUUAUGUGCGCGCUGAAAGCGAAAGCUUUUCGGUCAGUUUUUGGUGGUCAUGAAUUAAGUAUGUAUGCUUUAAGCAGAAAAUAAAAUAAUACCCGCAUGUAAAUCGCUUUAAGUAUCAUUAUACACUUAAUAAAUAUUUAUGACUGAAACCAAUAAAUAAUGGUGUCCAAUGUUCUAAGCACAAAACAACAAUUAUUGUUGACUUUAUCAAAGUACACAAAGAGUAUGAUUGCAUUUGAUAGCAAAUUUUAUUAUUUGCGUUUUCGUGUACUUUGCUUAUCAGUUGAAUUUAUAGUUAAACAUUUCAAUUUUACUAACCAAACUAUAUGGAAAGCACAAAUUGUUUAAUAAUGACGAAAUGUUUGUGAUAGUAAAUGCUAAAUGAAAUUCUAUUUUUAAUCAAACAAAUACAUAUAUGUAGGUAUUAAAAACUGGUUAAGCUGUCUAAAGCCGCUACCGAAAUAUUUAAUGUACACGCAUGCUUUAAAUGCGCACAACAAUUCGCUGAUGUGUACUAAUGGAUGAAUCAUCAUCACCAAUUCAACAGUUGUCUUGUGGGUAUGUUUGUGUAUAUUGACAUUUUUAUUUCGCAUAGUUAAUUAUACACUAGCACUAGCUGAGCAUGCCAUGACAUUCACAUAAAAAAUUUUGAAGUAGCAUAAAUGUCAGCAGACACAUGGCGAAGUAAGAUAAUUAAAUAAAUAAAUAAGAGUAUUUGCAUGUCAAUUCAAGCAUACAGCUAUUUAUUAAUAAUUCAAGUUUUCUGUAUAUAAAAAAAGAAAUAAUACGUUUAAAUAUGUGAGAAAAUAUUAACCAACACGCUAAAGAUAAAUUCUUAAGAGAACUACAAAGCAAUUAGAAGAAAGAUUUUGAUCUGUAUAAAUAUUAAUUAUUUGUUAUUUUUAACGUUCAUACAUAUAUUUAUAUAUACUACUACUAAUAUAAAUCGCUUUCCAUAACAUUUCAGAGAAUUUCUUUCAAUUUAAAUAAACACAUCACUUUUCAUUUUAAAAUUCUUCAAGUCUCUUUGAGAUGUAAACGACAGUCCAUAAACCGUUUCAGCUGCAGCUGCAUAUGUAACUCAGUAGCAAAAAUAUGUUUGAAGUGAUUAAAUCGUAUAUUUUUCCAUUGAGUACU